CUUGUUUACACCUUUGCACCAAAAAACCACCGACGGCGAUGGCGGCGAGGGUGCGGUUCGGCCUCCUGGUGGCGAUGUUCCAGGCGAUGUCGCGCGACCGCACGGCGGCGAAGAAGCGCGUCCGCCUCCGCGUGUUCCUGGACCGCGCCUACGGACCCAGUGGCAGGGACGACUAUUUCAGCGCGCUCCGCCUCGUCCUCCCGGGGCUCGACCGCGAGCGGGGUUCCUACGGGCUCAAGGAGGCGGCCCUCGCCGCCGCGCUCGUCGACGCCCUGGGCAUCGCCAAGGACUCUCCCGACGCCGUCCGGCUCACCAACUGGCGCCGCGGCGGCGGUGGCCGCAACGCCGGCAACUUCGCCCUCGUCGCCGCUGAGGUUCUGCAACGGAGGCAAGGCAUGACUUCUGGUGGAUUGACGAUAAAGGAGGUCAAUGAUGUGCUUGAUCGUCUAGCUGCAACUGAGAACAGGUCUGAGAAGGCCUCUAUACUUUCUAGUCUGAUCAAGAGAACCAAUGCCCUUGAAAUGAAGUGGCUUCUGAUGAUUAUUCUUAAAGAUUUGAAAUUGGGGAUCAGUGAGAAGAGCAUAUUCCAUGAGUUCCAUCCUGAUGCCGAAGACUUGUUCAAUGUCACUUGUGACUUGAAAUUGGUCUGUGAGAAGCUCAAUGAUCAAAGCCAGAGGCAUAAACGUCAGGAUAUAGAAGUUGGGAAGGCUGUCAGGCCUCAGCUAGCUAUGAGAAUCAGUAACGCUUCAGCUGCUUGGAAGAAGCUUCAUGGAAAGCAAGUGGUUGCUGAGUGCAAAUUUGACGGUGACCGUAUUCAAAUUCACAAAAACGGGGAAGAGAUUCAUUUCUUCUCAAGGAGCUUUCUUGACCACUCUGAGUACGCACCUGGGAUGUCGAAGGUUAUUAAGGAAAAUAUCCUGGUUGACAGGUGUAUAUUGGAUGGAGAAAUGCUCGUCUGGGACACUGUGCUUAACCGUUUCGCUGAAUUUGGUUCAAAUCAGGAAAUAGCUAAGGCCGCAAGGGAGGGGCUGGAGACUGAUCGACAGUUGUGCUAUGUUGCUUUUGACAUCCUUUAUGCUGGAGACACCAGUGUUAUCCACCAAAGCUUGAUAGAGCGGCAUGAAAUUCUGCAUAAGGUAGUGAAACCUUUAAAGGGUCAUCUUGAGAUUUUGGUCCCAACAGGUGGUCUGAAUCUCCAUCGUCCUUCAGAUGAACCAUGCUGGUCCAUUGUUGCACAUAAUCUUGAAGAUGUUGAGAAAUUCUUCAAAGAGACUAUUGAUAACAGAGAGGAGGGGAUUGUACUGAAGGACCUUGAGUCCAAAUGGGAACCUGGUGAUCGAAGUGGGAAGUGGCUAAAAUUAAAGCCUGAUUAUAUACAUGCGGGUGCUGAUCUGGAUGUUAUUAUUAUAGGAGGAUACUAUGGAUCUGGACGUCGAGGAGGAGAGGUUGCACAGUUUUUAGUUGGUCUUGCAGUGCCUUCAGAUGAUAAUAGUUAUCCCAAAAGAUUUCUUUCCUUUUGCCGGGUUGGUACUGGCCUAUCUGAUGAAGAGCUUGAUGCUCUCGUCAGCAAACUCAAGCCUUAUUUCAGGAAAAAUGAAUACCCCAAAAAAGCACCCAUAUUUUAUGAAGUUACAAAUAACUCAAAGGAGAGACCAGAUGUUUGGAUAGAGAGCCCUGAUAAGUCAGUCAUAAUAUCUAUAACAAGUGACAUCCGUACAAUCAAGUCUGAGGUAUUUGCUGCUCCGUACAACUUGAGGUUCCCCCGCAUUCAGAGAGUGAGAUAUGAUAAGCCAUGUCAUGAGUGCCUUGAUGUGCAGGCAUUUGUGGACAUUGUGCAUUCAAGUAACGGAACAAUGCACAGGGUGGCAGAUGAUAAGAGCCUGAAGAAUGAUAACACAGAGCACUCAAGAACAAACAAAAAAGGGGAGAAGAAGAAGAGUGUGUCAAUCAUCCCUUCGCAUCUAAUGAACACUGACAUAUCAGGUCUCAAGGGAGAAACCCUGAUAUUUGCAAACAUGAUUUUAUAUUUUGUCAACAUCCCAUCAUCAUACGAUCUCGAAUAUUUUCAUAAACUGGUUGUGGAAAAUGGGGGAUCUUUCUCCAUGAAUCUAAAUGACUCGGUUACUCACUGCAUAGCCGCGGAGAAGAAAGGUAUCAAAUAUCAGGCAGCCAUACGUCAGGGAAGGAUCAUUCACUAUAGUUGGAUCUUGGACUGCUGCAAGGAAAAAUGUCUCCUUCAUUUGCAACCCAAGUAUAUCCUCUUUCUGGCUGAUUUUGCCAGGCACAAAUUUCCUGAAGAGAUUGACCCAUACGCUGACUAUUACUACUGGGACAUCGAUAUUGCUGACCUCAAGCAGAUUUUUAGCAACAUUGAUAAAGUUACUGUCGAUUCAAACACGGUUAAUCGGUAUAAAACGAAGCAUUGUGGAGACGAGAAAUUCUGCUUCUUCCGGGGUUGCUGUGUCUACUUCCAUCAUGCACCCUUGGUGAAUCUGGACUACAAUGUAAUAUGCGAUCUUGCACUGAAGAGGGUGAAGGAGGAUCUAACAAUGCAUGGUGGUCAAGUCUGCAGCAGCAUUGCUCCUGCUACUCAUUUGGUUGUAGUUUCGGUUUUACAGACGCACAACUUUGAUAUCAUGUACAAGAGUUUCCCUCCCGCUGAGCGACGUUAUCUACAUGACAAAAGAUUGCAUGUUGUCAGUAAUAAGUGGUUGGAAGAUUCAGUGGAAAAACAAAUGAAGCUGCCUGAAACUGCUUACAACCUUAAACCAGAUACACUAGAAACGCUACAAAUUGAAAGGAGUGAGGAAAAUGUUGAGCCUCCGGAUCAUAAGCACGAGGAACAUGAGCAGGUUGAAAGAUUUCAUGCCAAACAUGUGCCAAGGAAAAGGAGCAGGCCUGCCAGUAAUUCAAGAACUGCAAGGGCUGCUCCUAGAACGCUCCGACGGACAAGGGCUAGAGGAGGAAACCGGCAUGCAAAAAUAGAUGAUGAUGUUGAAACUGAAGAAAGUGGCCCAGGUGAAUGUCAAUAUGAUCAAAAGCUGGACGCAGAUUACAUCUCCAAGAUGGACGAAGAUAGCAGUGACAAAGACAAUGGACUGCCUCGAGCUGCUCCUAGGCUGGUCCGGAGAGCAAGGGCUAGGAGAGGUAAUCAGCGUGCGAAAAUAGAUGACAAAUCUGAAGAGAGUGGCCCUGGUGAAAGAGGUCAAGAUAAGCUGGACACAUAUUAUAUCUCUAAGAUGGUAGAAGAUAACAGUGGCAAAGACUGUAGCCCACCUCCAGGUGCCCAGUUUUUCACACUGGGGGAGCAAGAGACCAAAGGUGUCGAAUUGAGUGCCAUGGAGGAGAAAGUAAACAGUCCUAAGCACGAAGGCGAAGGAAUUUUCCGUAGAAGUGCCACCGCUGAAGCGAUGAGUAGUGGUGAGAAGAUGGAACAAAUGGUUGAUCCAUUGCAAGCGAUGCUUCUGGACAUGAUACCAACCCUAAGCCAGAAAAGGACUGAAGACUCGAGCAAGGGUCCCUCUGCUAAAGUUGAGAAGGAUCAACCAGGGGUAGGAAGUUCCACAUCCAAUUCUGAGAUUCCGUUGCCGCAGGCAGGAUCUUCCGUGGUUCCAGCACCAGAUCGGGAUGCUGUUCCUCUUCCCAAGAAGAAAAAGGUCAGUUACAAAGACGUUGCCGGUGAACUUCUGAAAGAUUGGUGAGAGAGCUCUGUCAGUUGGGGAUAACCCGUAACGCAGCGCAUUUUUAUCCCCGUGGUCAGUCUUGUAAAUCUGACAAAUGCAUGUAAAUAUAUCCCAGUUCGUAACGUUGCCUUA